AUGAACGUUGUUGUAUGCUCUGGUGGGACUGCCACAAAUUCACUAACUCCUUGCUUUUCGAAUAUUUCUACCUUAAAAGGGCAUGAGCUGACGUAUAUUUUGCCAAUAUCGGAUAAUGGUGGGUCCACAAGUGAGAUUCUACGAAUAGUCGGUGGCCCAGCAAUUGGUGACAUUAGAUCUAGAAUAGUGAGACUUCUUCAAGAUGAACAGCUUGUCGAGUUGUUCGGCCACAGGCUGCCUGAUGACAAGUUACAGGCGAAAAAAGAAUGGAACGAAAUAGUAGAAGGAUCGCAUCCCAUAUGGAAAAAUAUUUCGGUAGAAGUCAAAGAAAUGUGUCGCUCUUUUAUCAUCCAUAUGCAAGCGGAACUUUUGAAAAAGAUUAAGCACUCGAAUCCGUUUCAAUUUGAGAGGGCAUCCAUUGGAAAUUUUUUCUUAACUGGCGCUAGAUUGUUUUUGGGUUCCCUCGACGCAUCCAUCGAACUAAUGAUGAGAAUCGGGAGGUGUAGUCCUCUAGUUCAUGUUAUUCCAUGUAUAAAUACCAAUCACACACAUCAUAUUUCGGCUUUGUUAACGAAUGGUGAGAUGAUAACUGGUCAAUCACAAAUAUCGCACCCUUCGAAAUCUCUCCCAGAAGAUAAUGGCAUAGCACAUUCAGCUAAAUUUAUUCAUUUACUUGGGUCUUACGAUGAUCAUCUGAAAAUUCUCUUGGACGGUGAAGAAGAAGAAGAAGAAGAAGAAGCAGAAGAAGAGUAUGCCAAUCCUAUCUAUAUUCUUCCAGAACUCAAGAACUCACAGUUACAUUUCGACAAGCUUGAUGAGUCUCAGAAUCUACCUGCGCCAGUACAUAGGAUUUUAUAUAUAAACCCAUAUGGUGAAGAGAUCAAACCAAUGGGAAAUCCGAGGGCUAUUUCCAAAGUGAAAAGGGCUGACAUGGUUGUUUACUCCAUCGGUUCCCUGAUGACAAGUUUACUUCCAAUCCUUAUUCUUGGUAAUCUUGCUGAAGUAAUUUUGGAAUCUAAUAAUACAAAGAAAGUUUUGCUUAUAAAUAAUAAGUAUGAUAGAGAGGUCUUCGGUUUAGACGGUUUACACUAUGUCCAAAUGAUCAUAGAUUCUAUGAGCAGGGCAAUAGCAGGCUAUAGACAGUCAAAGGGUAUUUAUUCAGAGAAUGGUAGCUUCGAAUGGCAAGAUUUUAUUACUGAUGUUAUUUACUUAAAAAACGGUGAAAUCAAAAUUGAUGAAACAAUAUUCAAAAAGCAUAAUAUUAGAUGCCACCAGAUUGCUUCUUCCGAUAAGAUGGAAAGUGAAGAACUUGAAAAGGUUCUAAAUGAAAUUGGCCUCAAAAACUGA